AUGAACGCGCCAUUACCGCCGGAUCCAUAUCAGGCCCUUGGUGUAGAGUCGUCCGCAGAUGCCGCCGUCAUAAAGACUGCAUAUCGGAAGCUGGUGCUGAAAUGCCAUCCCGAUAAAUUCCCGGACCCCACACUCAAGGCACAGAAGCAGGAAGAGUUCCAGAGAGUGCAGCAGGCUUAUGAGAUCGUCGGUGACGAAGACAGGAGGCGGGAUUACGAUCUCGAGCUCAAAGCCAAGAAGCUCAAGGAGGAGCUGGCCAAGAGGGGCGCUGCUCCGAAUACGCCAGCCCAGAGUCGUUAUGUCAACGUCAACAUUCGCACCGCGGAACCACCACCCGGGUGGUCACCGUCGAAACAUUCGACAUCAAAAUCAAGUUCUUACAAGCAGCCUUAUUCGAGGGAGUUUGCUCAAUCAUGGGAGCAUGAGAUCCCAACACGGUCCAAAGUCUACCAUGACGAUGAACGCCGUGCCCGUCGGACUGCGAGCUACGAGAAGCCAAAGCGUGAGGAUUCUAGGGAGCGAAGGAGGCGCAUGGAUGAAGAACGCGAACGGGAGAAACGGAGAGACGACGAAGAACUCCGGAAAGAGAUCAAACGGCAACAAAAAAUGACGAAAGAAAGGGAGCAACGAGAUCGGGAACUGCGAGAGCGAGAGCGAGAGAGGGAGCUGCGCAAACUUGAGAGGAAGCAACGUGAGGACAAAGAGGCAAGAUUGAAGGCCGACAAGCAAGAGAAGAAGAUGCGAGAGAGAGAACGUGAAAGAGAGCGCGAAAGAGAGCGGGAGAUGCGACGAAAGCAGGACGCCGAUGAUAAGGCACGAGCAGCCAAGUCAAAGCCAUAUGUCGAGCACUCAGCCUUCAGCGAGGAUGAAGAUGACGUUCGGAGAAGUCGAGCCAAGAAAUCAUCCUCGCCGAAGAAGCAGUCGGACAGCCCGAGCCGAGAUAAAUCGUCCACGAAGCAACGAGACCGAUCAAAUCCUCGGGAUGAAGCCCAACACGAUGAAAAGUACCGUUCGACGCUGGCGUUUGCGGCUUCGUAUGUGCAGCAGAUGAAGAACAAAGCCAGCAAGUCUUCGCGUGGACACUCUGCAGAGGUGCCUGCGUACUCUGCCGCCUACCCAGACCCCAAUGAAAAGUGGGCGCCUUCGAAGCGGCGAGCGUCUGGUGAGGGAAAGCAUGCUAAGGAUGAGCCCAUCGUCGUCGAUGUGCCCGAUCCAAGCAAAGCUCACCCUGAUAUGGCCUCAGCAUCACCAACCACACAACAGGCGCCGCCACGGUUGCAGAAGUCGCAUACUAUGCCGCCUGGCUAUGUGCCUCAAUCGCAGACAGCGGCCGCUGUGCCGCCUCGGGUGCCCCUGGGCCGAUCGUACACGAUGCAGCCCGAGCAUGAGUACACCAGCCGGCCUUCGGCUGAAAAGCAUAGGCAGACCAGGAGAAGAACCUCUUUCGACGAUGAUGACUACUUCGGUGACCGAUAUGCACCAGCCAUGCCGAAGGUCCAGACAUACCAUGUCAGUAGCAGAGGCGACAAGGGUAUACCCAGGAUCAUCGACACCAAAUACAAGGACCCGUACGCCCCUGCGCCGGGUGUCUCGUUUGCGAAGGUCAAGACGGCUCCGUCGUAUUCACCUGAGCAAGUGGCGACCUCAAGACGCUACGAUGAGGACGACGUGAUGACCUCAGAAUACAACUACACCCCGCAACCUACUUACAUGGAACACCUCAGAACAGCCAAGGUCUCGUCGUAG